AUGGAAUCUUUUUCCAGGUAUCUCAUUCAUGCUGAAGAGAAUAACCUUAUUCACGGCCUUAAAGUUAGCAGAUUAGCCCCUAGCAUAAAUCAUCUUCUUUUUGCCGACGAUUGUCUCAUUUUUGCAAAAGCCUAUCAUACUGAAGCUAAUAAUCUGUUGGGAUUAAUUAAGGAUUUUAGUAUGGCUUCUGGUCAAGUGAUUAAUCUUCAAAAAUCUGGAUGUUUCUUUAGUAAUAAUGUACAUCCUGAUCAUGUUGUUUCCCUUAUCAACGAUUUAAAAGUUAAGAAGAUUGCUUUGAAUGAAAAAUACUUAGGUCUUCCCCUUUUUAUAACAAGAUCUAGAACUGAUUCCUUGAACUAUCUUAAUGAUCAUUUUGAUAAAAGGGUUGCUAAGUGGAAAGGUAAGUGUUUUAAUCAGGCUGGUAGAUUUGUUAUGGUACAAAAUGUGCUAAAAUCGUCUCAUAUUUAUCACAUGAAUACUUUUACAAUUCCUGAUAGUAUCAUUAAUAGCAUGAAAUCUUCCCCAAGGGAUUUCUGGUGGGGUAAUUCUAGAACAGGGGGUAUCUAUUUUAUAUCUUGGCCUAGAAUUUGUACUCAUAAAUAUCAAGGCGGCUUAGGAUUUAGAAAUCUUAAGCAAGUUAACUUGUCUCUUUUAUCUAAAACAGCUUGGAAGUUGAUUCAGAAUCCUAAUGCUCUGUGGGUGGUCAUUCUUAGAUGCAAAUACUUUAAUAACUAUCACCCUCUUCACUACUCUAAGAAGGAUGAUUGUUCCUCGUCUUGGAGGAGUAUUUGUCGAGGUUUAGAUUUCAUUUUGAAACAUUCUAUUUGGGAAGUUAAGGAUGGUAAGAGUAUUUCUGCAUUUAGAGAUAGAUGGAUUUCUAAUUCUUAUGAGCCUAUGUUUGUUGUUAAUCCCAAUCCGGACCUUGAUGUCUCUGAUUUCAUAAAUGAUGAUACUAAAUCUUGGAAUUCUGAGCUAGUUAGAGCUUUUUUCACUCCUAAUAAUGCUAAAAAUAUUGUUGAUUCUAGGAUCCCAUUUAAGGAAGUGAUAGACUUAUUUGGCCACAUUCUAAAAAUGGCCAAUUUACCGUUAAGUCUGCUUAUAAAGUCAUCUCUGGCUAGAUUGAGUAUAUGCAGAAUGUUUAAAGUAGCAACCCUUUCUACAAAGCCCUAUGGAGACUCUCGGUUCUCCCUAAAGUUCAUAUAUUCAUAUGGAAGUGCCAUGAGAACAUCCUCCCUGCCAACUCUGUGCUUGCUAGGUUUGUUAAUAGGCAAAAUAAUUCUUGCAUUAUGUGUAUCUUUGACACUCUUGAAACUCCUGAGGCAUAUUCUGUUACACUGUCAAUUCGCCAAGUCAGUUUGGUCAUUAACCCCAUAUGUUGACUUGAUUGCGCAAGAUAAUAAUUCUUCUAUCAGCCUCCAUGACUGGGUGGUCAAAUGGAUUACUGACAACAGUUUGAAAGACAAGGCUGCUGUUGUUUUCACUAUUGCUUGGAGUAUUGGGAAAGACGGAUGCUCUUGUGUAUUCCAAGGAAAAACCUUAAACCAUCAUGUUACUGCUAGAUUAGCAAUGAAACUGGUCACUGACACUGAGACCUAUUUAAAUGAUGCUAUAUCACAAGAGUCUGUACAUGUACACUCUUUUGAAGAGAAAAAUCUUUCCACAAUCACCAAUUCUUUGCCAUCUGAUUGUGUGCUUGUUUUCAGUGAUGCUGCUUUUGAUAAAAAUACUAACUUGUCUGGUAUUGGUUUAAUCAUGUUAAACAUUGCAGGUUCUUUCAUUGGAUGCAAACUCAAAGCAGGGUCAGUGAGGAAUGCAGAGGAGGCGGAAAUUCUAGCAUUACUAGAGGCUGUAACAUGGGCAAAAGCUAAAAGCCUGGAGAAAGUUUGCUUCAUUAGUGAUGCUAAAACAGUUAUAGAUGAUUUUAAUUCCACUAGCAACCAAUUAUUUUGGUAUAAUAAAUCAGUCUUAGAAGACUGUAAAACAAUCAGUUCUUGCUUUCAUUUGGUUAAGUUUGAAUUUCUUAAGAGAAACAAUAUUAUUCUAGCUGAUCAAGCAGCUAAGUUCAGUAGAAGGUCUACAACCUCAGGAGAAUGGAUGGGAAAUGUCCCUGACUUUUUCAACUCUGAAAUGUAA